AUGGGGGACGUAAAGCAACAGAUUCGUCCGAAACGUCUUUUUAUCAACGACGUCGACAGGUAUUCCUCCAAACACAUCGCAAAGUUUUUAUCGACACGCGUUGCCGGAGAGAGCUCUGAGGAAGCCGACGCAGCGGAGAUGUUGGCCUCCCCUCGAGGUGAACCUGCUUUUCAAAUAGUGGCAACUGUGUCAGCGUCCGCCAAAGAUGACAAAGACAGCUUUCUGCUUGAAGAGUAUAGGUCACCGACUCGAGAUGAGCUUCUUCAGCACCUGCUGCAGUGUGAUGUUGUGGUAUACAACAUCUCAGAAAGUGCCACACAACAGCAGGUUGAAGAGGCAACAUGGGCAAUCACAGCCCUUCAUGCUGAAAUGGAGAACUUCAAGUCUCGGAUAAUGUUCAUCUUAGUCUCAACCGUGAUGACCUGGGCCAUGACCAAGCCACAGAAUCCAGAUGAAGCGGAUGUUGUGCUAACAGAGGAGGAGUUCAGAAAAAGAAGGCCGCACCCCAAUUUCAAGAACCACAAUAAUCUGGAGAAACUUGUGCUCAAACUGGGUAGAGGUAAGAAGUCCAAACUUACUGGCUAUGUUGUAGCUUGUGGUCUUCAGUACGGAAGAGGAGAGAACCUUUUUCACUACUUUUUCAAGGUGUCUUGGUUAUUGCAGUUUCCAAAGGUUCCUCUCUUUGGACAGGGCACAAAUUCCAUCCCCAUGAUUCACGUUUAUGACCUUGGAGGAGUGCUCCAAAACAUCAUCGAACUUAAGCCAAAGUCAAAAUACAUUCUAGCUGUCGAUGACUCCAAGAACACUUUAGAAGAUAUUGUAAAGAUGAUAAGCAAUACACUUGGGCAAGGAAAAGUGAACAAAGUGUCAGAGCAGGAGGCCAUCGCCAUGAAGGCUUUUACGCCACAGGAAUUGGAGUACCUAAAUAUCAACCUCCGCCUGGAUGCUUUAAUCAUCAAAGACUCCUUCAGUCUCCGCUGGACAUCUGAAGCUGGGAUGGUUGAAAACAUGGAGAGCAUUGUGGAGGAAUACAAAGACACCAGGCAGCUACUUCCAAUCAGAAUCUGCCUAGUUGGACCUCCAGCCGUGGGCAAAACCACAGUUGCUGAGAAGCUCUGCAGUCAUUACCAGAUACACCACAUCAAGAUCAAAGAGGUCAUUGAGGAAAAGCUCACACACCUGAAGGAGAUGGUGAAUGGAGCUGAUCCUGAAUAUGUCAGUGAAGAGGAAGUGGCUGCUGCACAGAAACAACUGGAAAGCAUUAACAAGAGCAUAGAAGUGAAUGCAGGUCGACUAGCCGACCAUCUGCUGUUUGACAUUUUGCAAGAAAAGCUGAAUUCAAAGCCAUGUGGGAACCAAGGAUUUGUCCUCGAUGGCUUCCCAAAGAGUUAUGAGCAAGCAAAGAUGAUAUUCUCUGAUGAGGACACAGAGAUGUCCAACAGACCUGUGCACAACAAGAAGAUCACUCCAGAGCAUGUUUUUGCCCUAAAUGCACCAGAUGAUUUUCUGAUAAAGAGAGCACAGGGGCUCCCACAGAGUGUGGCGGAGAAAAUGCGCUACACCCACGAGGAAUUUGUUUCUCGCCUGACGAGAUACAGACAGCGCGGUACCGCUGAGGAAACCAUGCUGGACUACUUCGAUGAGCUUGAGAUUCACCCAGAACACAUCGAGGUCGCUGCAGGUGAUUCAGUGUUCACAGAUGUUAUGAAGAAGAUCACUGAGAUGGUGGGGCUUCCCAAAAACUAUGGCCUGAGUCCAGAGGAGCAGGAGGAGGAGGCCAGAGAGAAAGAAGAAGAGAGGAAGAGGAAAGUGGCGGCAGAGGCUGCUGAGAGGAAACGCAGGAACGAAGCUGCACUGGCUGAGAUGGUCGCUCAGUAUGAGGAGUGGCAGAAGAAUUUGUCCGAGCUGAACAGACAGGAGCGCGAGCUGCUGGAAGCUCGGUCUCUUCCUCUGAGGAACUACCUGAUGAAGUACGUGAUGCCUUCGCUCACUGAGGCCAUGUUAGACUGCUGCAAGAUCAAACCGGAGGACCCCGUCGACUUCCUGGCUGAGCAUCUACUACGGAACAACCAGCAAGAAAAACAAUGAGGAAAUAUCCCGAUGCAUGUUAUUAAUUUACUGCGUUUGAGGCUGUGUUUGUUCUACAGUAAUCAACAUAAUGAGAAGAUGAUUG